AUGGCCUUUGCUAUCACCCAUGACCUUCUACGAUUCCACCGGACUGAGGGCGAGGUUUUUCAGAGGGUGAAGCUCAUGGAGAGGGAAAAUAUCGAGGCCAGGAACGUCGUUGCCCUGUGGAUGUGGCUCGAAUCGAUGGGGUUCCCCAACAUGGUCCACCGCGCGAAGAACGCCUCCGCCGACGUCUUCCGGCGUUUAUUAUUCGAGGCGGAGGCCAUCCUCGACUGCCUUCGCCAAGGGAACCCCCGUCCCUCUCAAAACCCAACUGCCAUUUCCCUAACGGCGGAGGGAAUAAGGGAUCCCAUCACACUCCGGUUCUUUUACGCCAAUCGUGAUGUUGCGAUAAGGAGCAUCGUAGCAGUCCUUGACGGCGUGGGUAGGGUCAUCUUUAACGAUGAUCUCGUCAAGGCAGCUAGAGAUAGCGACGCUGGGCAUAAGUUGGAGCCGAGUUUGGCAGCGGCCCUAAGGACUCCUUACGUUCACAUGAUGGAGCCGACGCACCAGGACUAUCGCUCCAUGCUGGUCACCUUUUCCCCUGGCCGCCGUCCUAAUGCCGAAGCAAUUACUAACUACUUCGUGGGGUACUUGAACCCAAAGCCUGGACGGAUAUCCUGAAAGAGAUUAAGCGUUUUUUUUCUAUUCUUGUUCUUGUAUUUUAACCGCUGAUCGUUUCUCUACUGUUCUGCAGGAGGUGGGGGAUCUGUCUCGAGAGCGUGGAUCUUGACUUGGACCCGGGCCUAGGGCAGCGGCAGGGCCCCGUGCCAACCUACGGCCGAGUUGUCUUCACAACCCCCUCAUAUCUCCCCUUACUGCUGAAUGGUGAGCAUUAUUCAGAGUUUAAUCUAGACGGGAUGGUGAUGUGGGGGCGGAGGAACAUACACUGGUACCACAGCGUCAAUGGCUAG